GUGGCAGUAUGGCUGUUAUCAGAAAACUAUAUUUUGGAGAUUGUAUAAUUAGUUUUUAAUAUUUAACGUCCUCUCCUAGAGAAAUAAAUAAUUAAUAAUAAUGCCCAGAGACAGCCGGUCUUAUCGUAAAAGGUCUUCAUCAAGAGACAGAGAUAGGAAGAAACGUAGCAGGUCACGAAGCAGAUCUAGACGUUCUCGCUCUAGAGACAGGCUUCGUAGGUCACGUUCGAGGGAAAGAAAAAGAAGUAGGUCAAGAGACAGGGAUCGCAGAGAUAAAAGAAAACGUUCAUCCUCCAGAGAUAGAAAUAAACGAAGAUCAAGAAGUAGGUCUUCCUCACCUGUAAAGACCAAGAAAGCUUCAUCAAAAUCUCCCACCCCUGAGAGGAAGAAGGUUUCUCAGCCCACAACUGACAGUAAAGCUAAAGAUGAGCCCAUUGAUAAGGAAGAAGAACAAAAACGACUGGAAGUUGAAAUGCAAAAACGAAGAGAAAGAAUUGAACAGUGGCGAGCGGAACGUAAAAAAACUCAGGAACUUGUCCCUGUUAACUUUGCACCAGUUUCUAGAAAAUGGACUCUAGAAGAUGAUGAUGAUGAAGAAGAAGAUGGUAGCGGGGAAAAGAAACAUGAAGAUGAUGAGUUAGAUCCACUAGAUGCCUACAUGCAGUCUGUCAAUGACGAGGUCAAAGUUUUAAAAGACAAGGAUAAGAUACCUUUAGGAGAAUCUGAUAUUCAAGGAAAGGUCGUAACUCGCAUCACAACAGUAGUAAAGAAAAAAGUUGAAAAUCCUGGGAAAGACAAGGGAGAAUUGAUGUUAAAUAACAUGGAUGCUUUAGAGUAUUCUUCAGAGGAAGAAGAAGAGGACUUGGAUUCAACAAUGGCAAAUUUAAAUAAGCGGAAAAAGGAUCUUGGAGCAGUUGAUCAUGAGAAAAUCUAUUACGCCUCAUUCAGAAAAUCAUUUUAUGUGGAAGUCCCUGAAAUAGCUAAAAUGACACCAGAAGAGGUGGAAGCACUCCGCAAUGAGCUAGAAGGUAUCACAGUCAGAGGCAAACAUUGCCCAAAACCCAUCAAAACCUGGGCACAGUGUGGUGUUAGUAAAAAAGCCAUGGAAGCUCUUAAAAAACACAAGUAUGAGAAACCAACACCUAUUCAAGCUCAAGCUAUACCUGCCAUCAUGUCUGGCAGAGAUGUCAUUGGUAUUGCUAAGACAGGUAGUGGCAAAACUCUAGCCUUUGUGUUGCCCAUGAUUCGACACAUACUAGAUCAGCCUCCACUUGAGGAAAAUGAUGGACCCAUUGCCAUUUUGAUGAUUCCUACCAGAGAGUUGGCAUUACAGAUUGCUGCUGAGUGCAAGAAGUUCACCAAAGCUCAUGGCUUGAGAGCUGUGUGUGUGUAUGGAGGGACUGGCAUAUCUGAACAAAUAGCUGAGCUUAAGCGCGGCUGUGAAAUUAUUGUCUGCACUCCUGGUCGGAUGAUUGACAUGUUGACUGCCAACAGUGGUCGAGUAACCAACUUAAGGCGUGUCACAUAUAUUGUACUAGAUGAAGCUGACAGAAUGUUUGAUAUGGGAUUUGAACCCCAGGUGAUGAAAAUCAUAGAUAAUGUCCGUCCUGAUCGUCAGACAGUCAUGUUUUCUGCAACUUUUCCAAGGCAAAUGGAAGCUUUAGCCAGGCGUAUUCUAAAUAAACCAAUAGAAGUUCAAGUUGGUGGUCGCAGUGUUGUCUGUAAGGAGGUGACACAGAAUGUGAUCUUGAUAGAAGAAGACAAAAAGUUUUUCAAGUUGCUAGAAUUGCUUGGCCUCUACUCAGAGCGUGGCAGUGUGCUGGUGUUUGUGGACAAACAGGAACACGCUGAUGACCUGAUGAAAGACCUGCUCAAACACUCGUACACGUGCCUGUCCCUGCAUGGAGGCAUUGACCAGUACGACAGGGACAGCAUCAUCCAUGACUUCAAGUCUGGGACCAUCAGGCUGCUGGUCGCCACCUCUGUGGCUGCCAGAGGUCUGGACGUUAAACAGCUCAUUCUCGUUGUUAAUUAUGAUUGUCCGAACCAUUACGAGGAUUACGUCCACAGAUGUGGGCGUACAGGCAGAGCUGGUAAUAAAGGUUUUGCUUACACAUUCAUCACAGCUGAGCAGGGUCGGUACGCAGGUGACAUCAUCAAGGCUGUAGAACUGUCAGGUUCUACUGUACCUGAGGACCUGCUGGCUCUAUGGGAGACUUACAAGGAGGAGGCAAAAGCUUCAGGGAAAGUUGUCAAAAGUUCCAGUGGUUUCCAUGGUAAAGGCUUUAAAUUUGAUGAGACAGAAGCUCAGCUUGCAGACGAACGCAAGAAGCUGCAAAAGGCAGCUUUGGGUCUGCAUGAUUCUGAUGAUGAAGAUGGCGGUGCUGUGUCUAUUGACCAGAAAAUAGAGGAUAUGUUUGCCAGCCGUAAACGUGUGACUGAUGUAGCUAAGCCUAUGAUAAACCAAGCCAUUGGUGCACAAAAUCUUGGUGGCCAAAACAACCAACAAAAACUGGAGUUGGCACGUAAAUUGGCUGCAAGGAUCAAUUACCAGAAAAAUCUGGGCACAGAGGCACCAGAUAUCAGCCAGCAGGCAGCCAUAGCUAUAAUGAAGGGAGACUCUGUUGUAGUGCCACAAGUGGCUUCAAAAACUAUAGCAGAACAGUUGGCGGAGAAGUUGAAUGCUCGUCUUGGUUACAGACCUCAGUCAGAAGAGGAGCAGAUAACAAUGGAACCAGCCCCGGGUGAAACAUUCAAGAGAUACGAGGAAGAACUGGAUAUUAACGAUUUCCCUCAAACAGCUAGGUGGAAAGUCACAUCCAGGGAGGCUUUGGCUACCAUUUCAGAAUUUUCAGAGGCUGGAAUCACAGUGCGAGGAUCUUACUUCCCUCAUGGUAAAGAGCCAAAAGAAGGGGAGCGCAAACUUUAUCUGGCCAUUGAAGCAACUAGUGAACUGGCUAUUAGUAAAGCUAAAGCUGAAAUCAUUCGGCUGAUUAAGGAAGAGCUCAUUAGACUGCAAAACUCCUACCAGCCAAUCAACAGAGGCCGCUACAAAGUUUUAUGAUUAUACACAAAAUGUAUAUAUGUUUUUGUACUGUCCACAAGUCACACUGUGUAUUACUGUCAAAUGUAUUGCUGUUUUUAAAUAUUUUAUUUGAAUGUCAAUUUAAAUGAAAUAAAUAGAAA